AUGGAUAUGUGUGAAAGUUGCCAAUGCAAACAAUUGUCUUUGUCAGAAACAGAUCCCACGAUUCCUGUGGUGAACAAAAACAACCACGGGAGGUUCUGGUAUAAACAUGACGACAUUCCUUUCGAAGGUAGUUGGGUGGAUAAAAAACAGCGACUUGGUACAGAGAAUCAUGAAGGAAAAAAUGUUGUAUAUGACGUAGUGGCGCCGAAUAAAGAUGAGGACUCCGAGAAGAAGUCUGCCAUCUUCGAUAUAGCCGACAAGACAUAUCAUUACAUUCGGUAUUAUGAGGUUACUCCAAGACACGACAACACCACAAGUGGGUGCAAGAGAUGCAGACUAAUGUCUUACAGCGUUAUUGGGGUCGCCGGAUUCGUCGCUGCGUUUUGGCUGGGCCGGAAACUGAUUUCAAAUUAAAUUGAUGGACGCAGCGUUUUUGUAAAAAACUCAAUUUUGUAUUAAAUGACAAUUUUGAAUACAUACAUAUUACCAAAUUGUAAUUGCAUUUGGCUUGAAUGAAAUAAGAUUAAAUUUUACUUUAU